UUCUUGUGAGUAAAAAGUUUGAGUGAGUUCGGCUGUGACCACCACCACUGCGGUCAGAGUCUUUAUCAUGGACCAUAAGUCUCUUAGGUUCUCACCUAUCACUCACCAACACAACCCUCAUACAAGUUGUGAGAAUCGAACACAUAAUCUUUAGAGAGCAAGUGAUUUUCGUCGUUGCUAACUGAGCCGACAUGUGUUUUAUCCAAACGAGUUCUUAAGUUGAAAAGAAAUGAUUACACAACAAGUGGCGACAAGGCAUUGGGAGUGACAAGUCUGCAGCUUCCAUACUCACUGCAUCGAUCCCCAAUCCCCAGCAAAAACCCUAACACACACACAGACACCGCUUCAAUCGAUGGCGUCGUCGAAGAUGAUGAUGUCGUCUUCCAAAUCAUUGGAUCAUCAACAACCCUCUUCUCCUCCUCCUUCUUCCAUGCCCCAAUUCACCACCACCAACUUCAUCGACCACGCCGAUUCCACUCUCACCGAUCCCUACGUCCCCAGAACCGUCGACGACGUCUGGCAGGAGAUCAUCGCCGGCGACCACCACCAGUGCAAGGAGGAGAUCCCCGACGAGAUGAUGACUCUCGAGGAUUUCCUUGUUAAGGCCGGCGCAGUCGACGGCGACGACGAAGAUGAUGAGGUCAAGAUGUCUAUGCCUCUGACUGAGAGGCUCAGCGGCGUGUUUUCGCUUGAUGGUUCUUCGUUUCAGGGGAUGGAGGGUGUUGAAGGUGGGUCGGCGUCGGUGGGUGGGUUUGGGAAUGGGGUUGAGGUGGUUGAAGGAACGAGAGGGAAGAGGGGGAGGCCUGUUGUGGAGAAUUUGGAUAAGGCUGCGCAGCAGAGACAGAGGAGGAUGAUCAAGAACAGAGAAUCAGCUGCUAGGUCUAGGGAACGCAAGCAGGCUUACCAAGUUGAAUUGGAGUCCUUGGCGGUGAAGCUAGAGGAGGAAAAUGACAAGUUGUUGAAGGAAAAGGCUGAGAGAACAAAGGAGAGGUUCAAACAGGUGUUAGCUAUAAAGAGUGAUUGGAUCUCAACUGGCCUGGUUGAUUUUUCUGCAGCUUAUGGAAGAAGUGAUCCCUGUUGUAGAGAAGCGAAGGCCACCACGUCCGCUCCGAAGGAUUAACUCCAUGCAGUGGUAGACCUUGACCUUGAUUGAUUUGCUCCUUGCUAGUGAUGCAGGAUGGGAACUGAAGAUGCGCGCGGGAGAAGUAAUAAUACGGGCAAAUUAUUCACCAUCUCUUGAAUAAGAGUUCUCAAUGUACCAGUUAGUUUCAAGGGCAAUCGCUGUUAAUGGUAUGAAGAGAUAGAAGGAAUUGGAGCCUGAGUCGCAAAGGGAAGUUCCGAUCACAUAAGAAACAGUUUUUGCUUAUUCUUACGAGAUAAAAGCUAUAUAUGGAAUUGGAACGUGUAGGUUAGAUAUUGAGUAAGCAUCCUGGUCUGUUCUCUUCCAUGUGCAGAAUGCAAAUGUAUUACUAGUAAAGAGCUAAGGGAAUUUGUAGAGGAGUAUAUAAUGUAGACAUGGUAUAUUUAACAUAGAGAAAAAUAAUAUAGAAUUUUUUUAUGUGAUC